AUGCCCAAUGCUACGCGUCGGUGCAGUGUGAGAGAUGUCGCCGAGAUUGAGCAAGAGGCUGCAGAACUGUGCGAGUGGGCGAAUCUGCUCGUGCUGGCUCCUAUUGACGCCAACAACCUCGCCAAAAUGCUGCAUGGACAAACGGAUAAUCUCUUGCUGGAACUGCUGCGUGGGUGGGAUGUGUCGAAGAAAAUCCUCCUCCUCCCUGGCAUGUCGUCUGCGAUGUGGGAGAAUCCCAUGACGAAGAAGCAGCUCACCAAGAUUCGUAGGAAGUGGAAUUGGGUACAAGUGCUGCAGCCGAUGCUGUGGAAUUUUGUCAAGGACGAAAAAAAGCUGGUAUCAUGGGAGGCUACAAGUGAACUGGUGGACGCCAUUCGCAAUCAGGUGGACUUGAUGAAUAUUGGAUCAGGGCUAGAGUUGUCACCCAGCAAGCGCUACGCCUUCUCUCACACUGGCAACGGUGCCACAAGUCGGCUUCCAGACGAACUCUGGACCAUGAUCUUCGACUACACUAACGACUGGGAGCUCGCACAAACCUUGCACAUCUUCACCAAUAUCCCACCACCCUCCGAGUGGGCUUCUCAUGUCACACCACAAGGUCCUUCGAACUACAUGGAAGCUCUUGAACUCACCAUCCUCCGCGGCCAGCUCUCCGACGUCAAACACUUCAUCGCUACGCACUCCGUCCCACGCUGGCUUUCCAAACUCUGCAUUCGCUUGAUCAUGCGUUUCGCCAUGACACCUCUCCUCGCUCACCUCGAAGCCGCGCACAAAGAUCUCUUCUGGGCCACCUUCGGCCACACUUUCCUCCCAGAUAAAGCCUCCUCCAUCUUCGGCGCGACGGAAAUCCUCGAGUUCUGGCGGACCUCGCCCUCUUUUCUCACAAAAGAGUACAACGUCGAAGCUCUCGAUGGCGCUUCCCGAGCGGGGUUUGUGCACGUCCUCGAAUGGUGGCAACACUCCGGCUUGCCACUGAAAUUUACGGAAGCCGCUCUCGAACAGGCUUCCUCGCAGGGCCACAUUGCGGUCCUAGAAUGGUGGAGAUCUCAAUCCACCUCGCACGAUGACUCCAAGUCCACCGUCGCCGACUCGUCCAAAGUUCGCCUGAAGCCCGGCAAGUCUAUCUGCUACGCCACUCAAAACGGCCACACGGAUGUCGUGCGCUGGUGGUUAUCCUCCGGCAUCGCCUUUCCACAUGAAGAAACCGUCGCCAAAUUGGCUUCUACCCACGGACACGUCGACAUCUUAUCAGCGUGGCACGAAGCGAAAGGCAGCAAGAUGAUCUUCGACAACCAGGUCUUAGUCGGCGCCACAAAAUCUGGCAACGUGAGUGUUCUCGAGUGGUGGCGACGAUCGGGACUGAAAGUGGAGUACAAGACUUGCGAUGUGGAGGAGGCAUUGGAGGACGGAGACGAGGGACUCAGGGGAAUGGAGGUGAGGAAGUGGUGGGCGCGGAAUGGGCUGAAUCUGGGCGUUGGGACGAGCGAGUGGAUGAAGACCAAGGUUUUGAACGGGUGA